CUCGUCAGCGCUCUACAACAUCGAUUUCUCUCUUUCUUCCCCAAGUCAAACUUGUUUCUUUCGGUUCCGAAUUUGAUCAAUUUGAGAGAGUGUAAAGGCAUAAUUUACAGCCUUCUCAACCUCGAAAUGGCGUCAACAGAGCAGGUCAAAGUGCCCGUCUACUCCACAAACGACCUCAAAUCAACAACAGACGACUCCCUCGCCCCCUUCCUCACCUCCCUCCCGCAACCCUACACCUUCACCCAGGACCACACCAAAACCAAUGUCCACUUCCUGGUAGGCUACACGGCCGUCGCCAUCAGCGCCUUCACCUUCUACGCAGACCGAUACCUCGGCUGGGAGGCUACCCGCUCGCCAUGGGUUAUUGCGGCUGUGGGCACGUACUUUGCUCUGAACACUUUCCUCACGUAUUGGGUUUGGGCUGUCGAGGCGGGUGAGGUCUUCCGGGGGAAGCGCGCGUCGGGCGAGACGAUCUCCAUCCGCACCUCCUCCAAAAAGCACUCCCCGCUCUACAAGCUCCACAUCGAAUACAAAUCUGCCGCCGGCAAGACCCUCCAAAACAAAGAGAUUGAGACCUCCUUCGCAGGCUGGUUCGCCGCGGACGGGACGUUCCACGCGCGUCCGCUGCACCAGUGGCUUGCGAGCGAGGUUGAGGUGUUGAGGCUUGCGCUGAAGGAGAUUGAGAAGAAGAGGGGGGCUGGGGAGGAUUUGAAGAGGUGAUUGUGAUUGAUGCUGGGGUUGGGAUGGAAUGGGAUUUAUGACAGUGGGAUGAUGGUGGGCUGCUGCGGCGGCGGUAUUCCAUGGUGUUGGGAAGCGAUAUGGAUCUUAUCUGGAUUUGGUUUGAUCUUUACUCUUAUUUAUUUGUUAGGUUACUAUUACCCAAUUGUGUUACUUCUUUCG